UCCUAUCAAAGUUGGACAGCUGGAAGACACCAAAUUGUAGCUGAAGCACCCAAUGAAAAAGUCUCUCACUGUGGAAGCCCUGUGGUGCCAAGUUGUUUUACAAAGCAGAAGAACAACAAUACUGGCUCCGCCAGUGAGUCCGGAGUCCCGAGAAGGGUCAGUGGCUUCUGCAACGGCAUCAGCACCUCGCCUCGGCCUGACCGACCUCUCAGCCCUCGACUGUCCCGGAGUCCAUCCUCCCGCCAGUACAAAUGUGCAGUGUUCCAGUGUGAUACUAAUGCCCGAAAGAUGCCGGGUGUUGUGUGGCAUUCUUUUCCCAAAGAUGAGUACUUGAGGUGUGAGUGGAUUGCCAGGUGCAAACGUGCAGGCAGAGUGAAUGUGAAAGGUGGGCGAGUCUGCUCGCUUCAUUUUCAGCCGGAGGACUAUGUACGAGAUUUGAGAAACGAACUUCUCAGAUUACCCUCGAGAAAGAAAUUAGUACCGACUGCAGUUCCCAGCCUGAACAUUCCGAGUUGGAAUGAAGGUGAAAUUAAGAAACGCAAGAAUCAGAGAAAGAAAGGAGGACGCAUCAGAAAGAAGCUACGUCAGCGUUAUGACGAUGAUGACAACGUGGGCACUGCUGUACACCAAAUACCAGUGAACCAUCAGGAUGUGGUCAUAAAAAAUGAAGUAGCUGUGAAGCAAGAAGCUGAGUCUGAUCCUAAUGACGUGUUGGGGGCUGACGGAAAACAGGAAUUUGAGUAUGUGACAGUCGAGGAACAAUUAGAAGACCCUGAUGAACCCACGCAUUCAGCAACUGGAGAGUCAUGUGAACGAGUGGGUCAUGAUCAGGAGCUGCCAGUUAUCAUCAAAGAAGAAAUUGACUGUGACGAUUACAUCGAUCCGUUCAGCAUUUCUGGGGAGUCAUGUGAACGAGUGGGUCAUGAUCAGGAGCUGCCAGUUAUCAUCAAAGAAGAAAUUGACUGUGACGAUUACAACAAUCCAUUCAUUGUUUCGAAGAGGUGAACUGGCAGUAGGGAGUGAUAGCCUAUCUACCACAAGGCGGAUGAACUGAGCGAGUUAGAAGAGGCAGGCAACAAACGGUUCUGCAGCUAUACGAAGAAGACGGCUCACUGUGACGUGAAAACAGGUAGCAGUGACAGUCCAGACGACGACACGUAGUUGCCGAGUGUCCGCACCAGAAUGUCGUGAGUCACAAAAAUAUGAAACUCGGACAGUACACUCUGGAGAUGGAAAGCAUGUUUGUAACAUGUAGGAAGUACAAUUUUGGCUGUCCUGGAUCCUACACUGCUUUGAUCGUAAUGGGGCAUGUACAGUGUUACACACAUCUGAGGUUACAUGCAGAAUGCCAUUCGUAUUGUGAGAAAUCAAUAUGCAGUUGGCUACAGAAGGCUGCAGUGUCGGAGUUGGGUUGUUGGCGUAAAGUGUGGGACUGCGCCUGCUCGGGCGAUAUGUGAUAGAUGGCAUUCGGAUUGUCUUUAAUCAUGUGACAAUCUGUACUAAAUUCAGAGAGCUCUUUUGUAUGUGCUGGAAAAGAAUUCACACACUGUGUGUGACAAGAUUUUUGUUGUGGCGUGUAAUACACAGUACCACUUGCAUAGUAAGAUUUGUUAGAGACCAAUUUCUGCUGUAGAGCUUCCGUUUCUUGAGUUUAAUGUGACAGAAUAAAAGCUGAGGUUAGUGACACUAAUGUACAAGGAAUUAAAUUCUACUACACAAGUGGCAUUGUGAAUUGCAUACUGUUCUCUGACCACUUGGUGUUGCUCUGUGCAACUGUGGCAAAUAUUACCAAACUGUUGCUUGCACCUGGUUAAGUGACUUUACUUAUGUGAAGAGACAGGAUAUUUAUGGUAACUGUAUUGCUGUAUGAGAAGAGUGUAAACUUCUGAAGACCAUAAGGACUAACUUUAGCUCUGUUGUUGUGUUUCUUAAAUGUGUUAUGUUAUUAAGUAUUUAUUUUUUACUACUCAAAUGCAGUUUUUGGCAAUUCAGAAUUUAGUUUUGGAAGGAAAUGGAGCAGAUUAUGUGCUUGGUCAAAUUUGCUGGGCUCAAUCCAGUCUUUGUGUUCCCCCUAAAGUUUUUACCUUUGCAGCUCCCUCUAGUGCCAUAGAAGGUAUUUGCCAAUGUCAUUACUUAACUUGUUGAAAGACAAAAUUUUGCCAAGGUUAGAGCUAAAAUGAAAAUGAUGAGUGUUUGCUUUUAAACAUGAGUCGGCCGCCGUUCUGCCGGGCUGUGAGGACCAUAUAUUUCGCCUCGGCUGCCGCUGCUGCGCUUGCUGCUGAUCGGCCCGGACCCUCGGUCUCGGACGCUGGCUGCUUAGGCACCUCUAUGCCUCGUCGUGCUGCCGUUGUCCUUCAUUGCCGUGCACCUGCGAGGACUACCUUUCUGGACUCUGCCGUAGUGGGGCUACUGUGAGUCACCACAACUUCCUGCCAGUUGCCACAGUCUCUGUAGCAAAAUCUACUGGCUCCUUACUCCUAUUUGCCUAUGUGCCUUUGUGAUACCCCACACCUGGCACCAACAUUUUUGUUUGUCAUGUCCCAAGCGUGGGUAUUGCAAGGGAUUGAGCGACACGGUUCAUGAAAGGGAUUCAGCCGCCUGUUGACCUUAGUGAGAGGGAGACUUUUUGAUCUGGCUAAGAGGUGGAAACCCCUGAUGUGAAGGUACAAGGCAAGGAAGCGGGUGGAAUUGAAGUCUUGCUAACUUUAACAAGUUGCAGUUUAUUCCGAAGAAUUACAUCUCACCCUAACUGCAUGGUGAUUGCGUUCUCAGGAAAGCCGAGUCUAAGACAGAGGCCGUGACCGAUUCCACUAUUCUGACUGCCUACUAGAAGCUGUGCAGUACUUCCUAGCGCUCUACGUCAGAGUCCCGCCUGGCUACGCCCGAACGCUCUUCGGCGACUGUCUGGAAUAUAUUCUUGCAUAUGACACGGGCUACCAAUAUAUGAUGAGAGAAAAAUAUAUGAAGUACCGAUGUUGUUGGUAUUAGUUAUUCCAUCUACGUUACCAACAAUAGUAUCACACAAAUGAAUGUAUUCCUCAUUUCAAAGUUUCGCUUGAUUAUACCUGAUGUAUCGCAAUUGCUCGCUUUCAGUUUUCGCGUACAUAUCAACAGUAUAUUGAUGAAACAGCUGGCAGCAUCGGAGAAUAUUAUUGUCUUCAUUGGCACGAAUCAUCAACCGAUAUGCGCAGAAGUUCAUUGUGCUCACUUUCUUGCUGGUUUCUGCACCUACAAAGUAAAAAUAUAACUAAGACAAAAAGAAAUGAAUUGUUUAUAAAAAUAAAAUAUUAGGUAAUGACGUGUAGAUUGUACCUGUUCCUGGAUUUAUUUGUUUGAUAUUCAAAUGAUAUUAAUCUUCUCCUUCCCAAAAUAUCAAUGGAUAUUGCGAAGUGUCGUAAGAGCGAUGACUGUCUUCAAUCGUAUGCACUGUGUUAUCUCUGCGUUGGAUUCGUAUAGCUCGAUGUUCAAAUGUGUCGCCAACCAUAACAACUGCAACUUCAUUAAUGGUCGGUGCAUUAUAUAGGCCCGCGUGUUGCCCAGAUGGUACUUUAUCUCCUUUGAUGACGGUUGUAUAGUUGUCGUUUUGCAGUCUGUUUGAAACGGUAUUGAACAACUGGACAAACUGCUUAUGAUUGUGUAAGAACGAUUCUGAAAUACCCACUAUUUCUCGCACCUCCAUCUGCUCGAUACGGUUGUACUGGCUGCAUGCGUUUGCAUGGUGCUCCUCAUCACCCAUGAAGUAGAUUUGCAGAAAUUUUGAAUCAGUAGCAGGCAUCGACAUUAAAAACUAAUUUGAUGAUACACUUGGCCCUGAAUCUUGUAGCUCCAGCCAACAGUGUUUGCAGUGGUUCUGGCGGUGAAUUCAAUGGUGGCAAUACAACUUUUCCAGAUGCGCAGCAGAAACCGGCAGAUUCACCUUUGUAUUUGAGUGCAUGACAGUGUUGGCAUUGUUUGUUCAUAGCACCGAUUACAAUUUGUGAAUGUGACAAAUAGUCAAUGUCCGACUCGUAUUGAAACGCAAGGCAAAGAAGUGAUGCACAUUGCAGCGAUACACUAAAGCGGAACAUCACUUUAUCACUAAAAAUUACACACUGUAGAAAUGCAUCAUCUUCCAUCUUUGUAGCACAUAACCAGAAAAUGCAAGACACUUCUCUUUGUCAUUGGGAUUGAGAGCCUGCACAAGAAACUCUGUCUCAGAACUUUCCGUACAGUCGGUUGAGGCAUUAUAAGUUCUCGACUGGCUCUUUUGGUAGACUUAACAGAUACUGCCCACGAAACUUUCUCGAAUCCGUCAGACAUCAUCCUCUGAUGCGUGCAUUUGGCCUGUGCUUUUUCUCUGUUUUAACUGCUUUUGCGAGGUGGUGGUUGAAUAUCAAAUUUGGUACGAAACACCCGUUGCAGUGCAGUUUAUGACUCCCUUUUGCAAACUCGGGAAUGCCGAAGACCUUGUGCGCUAGUCGCCAUCUCUCACAACUGACAGUGAAACAGAAUGACUGCCCUAUUGCCACGCGAACUCUACCGGCUACUUCUGAAACUCUCCCGCCACUGCCCGCCACUACCACCAUGAACUGUGAAAUUUCCUCUUUUCAUUGGUACAAAACUUGUAUAUAGAACAACCCUGUAUAUUUGUAGAAACAAGAAACGGUUCACUUACUGCUCCAGCUUUGGGAUGUCUAUUUUUACAAGUGAAGUGUGGUAGGAAGAAACCUAAUCUGUUCACUCUGUGUGUUGUCAAAUUAAUUGAAAGUUUUCUGUGA